GGUACCAGCGUGACGUUGUGGAAAACAAAUGAAUGGAUUUCCGAACGUACCCUUUUGUUGUGAUGUUAAGACGUCGUUUUGUAUUUUAGUUCUAGUAUUUUCUAUGCAAUGGCUCCGAGGGGUGACGAAAUUCUGCAAGGGUUCAAAGUUAAUUGGUUAAAUUUACGAGAUGCUGAUUCAGGGAGAAUACUCUGGCAAGGCAAUGAAGACUUGUCUGUACCAGAUUGUGAACAUGAAGCCAGAGUUCCCAAGAAAAUCCUCCAAUGUCGAGCUGUUUCACGGGAAAUAAACUUUUCAUCUGUGCAACCCAUGGACAAGUUUCGCUUGGAACAGAAAGUUCUCUUUAAGGGCCGAUGCUUGGAAGAAUGGUUUUUUGAUUUCGGCUUUGUAAUUCCCCAUUCAACAAAUACGUGGCAAUCACUUAUUGAAGCAGCUCCAGAAAGUCAGAUGAUGCCCGCUGCAGUUCUCAGUGGAAACAUAGUCAUUGAGACCAAAUUUUUCAAUGGGGAAGAUCUGGUAUCCACAUCUAAAGUCCGCCUCUAUUAUGUGUAGUUUGAAUUGCUUCUCUUAUAUAAGAAUGUGUCAGGUUAACUUGGAUUAAGUACAAAAGCCUUCUUUUUAAAGUGGGAUUGAUGAAUUGAUUUCAUGAAUCUCCCAUUCUAUUAGUAGGAUCAUUUCUUUUAGUGCAUAUGUGUGUACAAGCACUUUUACUGUGUUCUUAGAGGGUGGUUCACCUGUUAUGAGUUUCUUUGACUGAAAAGACUCAGCAUUGUAUUGAUGUGGGUCAAACUGUUAUGGCCUCUUUGAAUGCCUUUGCUGCCCUUAGUGGCAGCUUACUUGUUGCAUGAAUUUAAAAACAGUCUUCAUUUGUAUUGAAAAUUACUCUUUUUUGGAUUUUAUGUGACAUUUUUUGUCUCGACACUUAAGACUUUCUCUAAUUUUAAUGCUUAAGAAGUUCAGCACUUGUAGAUUAUAUUUAGCCAUUGUAGAAAAACCCCAUAUUUAUGUAAACACCUCAUUAACAGAGUUUUGAUGAAACCAAAUCGAGGGUCCAAUGUUGUUGUGUAAAAUUUAAUGUAAAAAAAACUUCACCAAAUUUUAGUAUUUGAAAAUUUUUAAGUGGAACACAAUUUUUGGGACAAUAACAAGAUGUUCAUUGAUUACCUUUACUAUUGUUGACACUCUGUAAUUGUUCAUCUAUGGUUAGAAAAAAGAAUUUUCAGACCUGUUUACGAGAUGUAGAAGUGCAUUGAGCACUAGCCUAAAUUUGUUGAUCUCAUAUGUGAUCUUGUUUGGCAACUGAACAACUUUAAAAGGAAGACUGAUGAAAGAUGAUACUGUAUCUGAAAGAAUCUAGUAUAAGAAUGCAUGCUGUUUCAUGAAUUUUAAUUCGAGAAGACACAUACAUUUAUUGUAUUUACAAAACUAACAUAAUUGUUUCUUUUGGGUACAUAAAAACACAAAUUACAGGACUAUUACAAGUGCCUUAUAUCUUAUGAAUUCUGUGAAUGGGCAAAAUGAUUUUGUUGCUGUUCAUGGGAUCUGUGAUUAUGUAUUAUUAGCUUGUAUGUCUGCUGAUCAAUUUUUUUGCACUUGCUGUUAAGCUUUGCAUUUUCCUGGUGCAUUAUUCAUUUGCAUUUAUGUGUAUGAGCCCAGAUACCACGGUGCAUUUUUGUGCUCAACAAGACUCUGUUUACGCCUAGUUGUACUCUUCCCGUCAGGUACAAAUUUUAUUUUAAGUUCAUUCUUGAUGGAAUUAGAGUUAGGGCUUUGGACUAUGGUGCUGAAGAUUGAAUCAGACUCUACAUUUUUCCCCCCUGCAAUUUUUAACUCAGUAUUAGAAAGAGAUUCUUGGAGGGUUUAAAGCAUGUAAGUGUCUCCCUUGAAACAUCAGAAUCAGGAGAGAAGAAGGAGCCUCCUUCUCAUGUACCAGAAUGCAUCUUCUCAAUUUAGAAACCAUUCAGUAAGCUGUGUUAACUGUCUUUUCUUCUAGGAAAACAUGUUUUAUCGUUUUAUCAUGUUUUGGAGUAGAGUAUAAAUUUCAAAGCAUUCCAGUUGUAGUAAUGCGUGUAUAAUGUAUUUACAGAUCUGACUGUUGCUGCUACAUAUACAUUCAGAAUUGACUUAAAGUUGGUUACAAUUUUUUUAUUGAGUCUCUUUUGGAAAAGCACAUGUUUUUGCACUUUGUCUGUAAAGCACUUUGUGAUGAAAGGAUAGAGCUUAGAUUAUUAUGUAAGUGGUGAUAUGCAACUUUGGGAAAGCACCCAUACUUGCAUAUCAUUAUUCAUUAGUACAAUUUCAUUAUUCUUGUAGUGUUUCCAGUCUAGUCAAUCUACACUGUAUGGUAUGUAUUUAUGCAGACUAUUUGACCCUGCAAUAAACUUUCUUGUAAUCACA